GGCCAGGUCAUUUCCAAAAAAAAAAAAAAAAAAACAUAACACAGAGGUCUUCAAGACCGCUUCACGGCGAAUUGGAAUGUUGAUUCGGCGACUUGGCGCUCGGGUUCCCCGGGUCCUAGGACCUGCAACGGCUAGCAGGUCGACCUUUGUUACCCUUAGAGAAACCCCGAGUCUUCAUAGCGGUGCCGCUCUUCGAUAUGGGUUGCCUAAAAUUGAGAAGAGACAGCAAUUGUCCAGGGUCUAUUCCAACUUUGCACCUAGAGACUAUUCUCGCUACGACGCAUAUGCUCAACCACCCAAAUCGCGUGGUAGCAGAUUAAAGGACAUGGCCAUCGGCUCCAUCUUGACUAUCAUUGCGUACCUCGCAUAUAAAUCCUACAGCCUGUGGGAUGUUGUUAAGCAUGCUAGAGAGGAAAUUGAUGUCGCCAUAGAAUUGGACGAAAUUUACUCUCACUAUGAUCAGUUGUUAGACCAAGCUGAGGCGGCCGGCGAUAUGGAAAAGAGUCAGAGUCUCUUUAAAGAGCGCGCAAUGGCUCUCGUACGCGCCAUGCUUCGGAACCAGGAAGACCAGACUAUCAAUGACUUAGGCCCGCUACCUACGCUUCCUGAAGAUUACGACGGCGGCCAAUCUCAUGGAGCGCAAAUAUUUGGGGGUGGCGACACAUUAAUGCUGAUGCCGCAGUGCCCUCCACUGGAUGAAGGAAAUUCAUUAAGCCCUCGCCACUUGGUUGCAGUUGCUAUCAACGCCUUUGCUGAGGAUAUUGGCAUUAAUGACGAUGCGAUGGGGCUAGUCAACUACCGCACACCUAAAGUUCACGAAAUCAUCCGCCGCUCAAGAUUCAUGCUAGAAAAAUUGCGUAAAGAGGGUACUAUAGAUGGGAUGACAUUAGUCACUGUAUAUCUAUGGGAUUUCGAGUUCAUGUUUGUUUACGAUGAAGGCAUUAUCAUGUAUCAGUAGUUGGAAAUGAGUUUGGAGCACGACAACUCAAUACUUGUGAUUGUGAGUACUCUAAGCUGGAUACCCUCUUAUGGAAAUCAACGGCAACGGAAGUUGAACUUACUUACAUCCACUGAGUAUGUUGGGG